AGAUCACUGUAGGGGUCAUUUCAAUUACUAUUGGUCAUUAUGAAGUGCAUUUGGUUUGUGUUGCUUGUAGAGGUUAUGAGCGUAGUUGAUUCACAUCGACCGCUGACCAACAGGGGAAGUUUUGAUCUAUAUUUGACUUCCAAUAAUGCUAAAACAAUGGCAGAGAUUCCCUACAGAAUGUGCAUGCCCAAAGCUCCUGAUUACGUUCACGCAACAGCAAGACCGAGCAACCCAUCUUUGCCCCACAAGUUCAACGUGGCCAUUCUUGAAAUUAAGAAACUCAGCUUUAUAGUUGAAAUAGAGCGAGUUGACCAAGCUACAGGUUGGGAUAGGAUCCUGGCAACUGUGGAUUGGUCCUCGUAUUCAGGUAAUGGAACGGUUUAUCGGAAUCUGAUCCUUUGGUUUCCUGAUGCUGCAGAUAGAGGACAUAUUAACCAUACUACAGCAUCGAAGUACUGCAUUGACAAGGGCGGUCGAUUGGUGGAUAUUGUGGAUAAAGCGAUGUACGACGUGGUUUAUAACUACAGUCGACAAAGCAUUGUAUUCGGAUCCGAUGGAUAUGUUCGUAUUUGGCUCGGUUCAAGUUACAACCCAGCGACUGAUACAGUGACGCAGAGCAACGGGAAACCUGGUUAUAAUGGAGAUUGGUGGCCUGGUGCCCCGUUUACAACAAGUGGCUACGAGACGUACACUGGAUUGGUGCUUGAGAUCGCACCACCAGGUUACACCGGCAACAGGCACGGAAUGUUUAAUUUCCCCCCGACAUUGCGUAUUGGUCUCGCUACACAAUUAUGUUCAACUAACCUAAUGUAACUUAGUUAGCAUAAGUUGGAUGGUGAAUGAAUUAAUAUUUAAAUGGAUGAAUGUAACGUAUAUACAAGGGUCGAAUUAGUAGCGUGCAUUU